AUGCCGGCCACACUGCCGCUCCUGCCACUCCUGACGGUGCUCGCCGCCGCCGCCGCCGCCGCCGCCGCCAACGCCGGGCUGGUCGCUGGGGCAAGCCUGCCGCCGCCACCGGAGCCCGGGAGCCACCCAGGCGUGUGCCCCAACCAGCUUAACCCCCACCUGUGGGUGGACGCCCAGAGCACCUGUGAGCGGGAGUGCCUGGCGGACCAGGACUGCGCGGCCCCCGAGCGGUGCUGCCCCAACGUGUGCGGCCUGCGGAGCUGCGUGGCGGCACGCUUUGCCCCCGGGGGCACCACUGCACCAGUUGCUGCCACGUGCGAGGGCUUCGUGUGCCUGCAGCAGGGCUCCGACUGCGACAUCUGGGACGGGCAGCCCGUGUGCCGCUGCCGCGAGCGCUGUGGGAAAGAGCCCAGUUUCACGUGCGCCUCCGACGGUCUCACGUACUACAACCCCUGCUACCUGGACGCCGAGGCCUGCCUGCGGGGCCUGCGCCUGCGCGUUGUGCCCUGCAAGUCGGUGCUGGGUUGGCCCUCCAGCAGCCCGGGGCCCCCCGAGACCCCCGAGACAACAGCGCGCCCGACGCCCGGGACCGCGCCCGACGCGCCCGAGCCACCCGCUCUCUACAGCAGCCCGUCGCCACAGGCGGUGGCCGUCGGGGGCACGGCCAGCCUGCACUGCGACGUCAGCGGGCGCCCAUCCCCCGCCAUCACCUGGGAGAGGCAGAGCGAGCAGCAGGAGAACCUGAUUCUGCGACCUGACCAGAUGUACGGCAACGUGGUGGUCACCAGCAUCGGUCAGCUGGUGCUGUACAACGCGCGGCCCGAGGACGCCGGCCUCUACACCUGCACCGCCCGCAACGCCGCCGGCCUGCUGCGCGCCGACUUCCCGCUCUCGGUGGUGCAGCGGGGUGAGGGCGACGCCUGCGUGCUGCCUGCAGUGCGGGGCCCGUGUCCGGGCCGCGAGCCGCGCUGGGCCUACAGCCCGCUGCUGCGCCAGUGCCACCCGUUCGUCUACGGCGGCUGCGAGGGCAACAGCAACAACUUCGAGAGCCGCGAGGCCUGCGAGGGCGCGUGUCCUGUGCCGCGCACGCCGCCCUGCCGUACGUGUCGCCUUCGGAGCCGGCUGGCGCUAAGCCUGUGCCGCAGUGACUUCGCCAUCGUGGGGAGGCUCACCGAGGUGCUCCAAGAGCCCGAGGCCGCCGGGGGUGGCGGCAUCGCCCGCGUGGCCCUGGACGACGUGCUCAAGGACGACAAGAUGGGCCUGCAGUUCUUCGGCACCAAAUAUCUGGAGGUGACGCUGCUGGGCGUGGACUGGGCCUGCCCAUGCCCCAACGUGACGGCUGGCGACGGGCCGCUGGUCAUUAUGGGCGAGGUGCGUGAUGGCGUGGCUGUGCUGGACGCCGGCAGCUACGUGCGCGCUGCCAGUGAGAAGCGUGUCAAGAAGAUCGCGGAGCUGAUGGAGAAGAAGGCCUGCGAGCUGCUCAACCGCUUCCAGGACUAG